AUGAAACCACUUCCCAAUGACUCAGGGGCCGUCACGUUGCCUGGUCCUCCUGCCCGGGGAGAGCAGGACUGGGAGAAGAUUCUGGCUUCAAAGAACAGGGACCAUAUGGAGACCAUGAAGAAAGUGACCCAGACACAGAAGGCAGAAGGUUUGUCUUCUAAGGAUACUGGCUGGUCCCAGGAAAAAAAGAGGAAGCCUCAAAUUCCGGCACCAGUGACAUUCGAGGACGUCACUGUGGUCUUCACGGAGGCAGAAUGGGUGACACUGAGCUUGGAGCAGAAGAACUUGUACAAGGAGGUGAUGCUAGAGAUGUACAGGAACCUGCUCUCAUUGGCAGAACCAACACCAGAAACCUGCCCCGGUCCCUCCUGCCUUCUGCCUUUAUCCUGUCAGCAAUUCCUCAGCCAACACGUGCUGCAGAUCUUCUCAGGUGUGUGUGCAGAACAUCCCUUCCAUCCAGGGUGGUCCAGCCCAGAGCAGCGGGAUUCCCAUCAGAGCUGCCCCGGGAAGAACACAGAUGUCUCCAGACCCUUGUGUGGGAGGACCGGGGAGAGACAGACUCCAAGGGCGUCUUCCAGCCCAGCCCGAAGACAAUCAGCAAGCCCUAAAGACGGCCACCCAGGGGCAGGAAUAGAGCACAGCUCAGCCCAGAGGGUGAACUCUGUGGAAGCAGACCGAGGGCUGAAGGAAUCAGGAAGCUCAAGAUUUGUAGCAGUUAGUUCUGGAGAGGAUGGACCAGACUGUGGCCUGAAGUCAAACUUUAUCACAAACCAGAGGCCCCUCCUCCGGGAGAAGUCCCAUGUUUGCAUGGAGUGUGGGCAAGGCUUUAACUGGAAAUCAGUUCUCCUUAGACACCAGAGGACCCACUCGGGCAGGAAGCCUUAUGUGUGCAGUGAGUGUGGUCGAGACUUUAACCACAAGUCAAAUCUCAUUCGACACCGGAGGACACGCUCAUGUGAGAAACCUUACACGUGCCUGGAAUGUGGCAAAGGCUUUAAGCGGGAGUCCCGUUUUCUUAUCCACAAGCAGACACACUCAGGGGAGAAAUCUUAUGUUUGCUGUGAGUGUGGACGAAGUUUUACCCGGAAAUCAUCCCUCCUUAUGCACCAGAGGACGCACUCGGGGGAGAAGCCUCAUGUGUGCAAGGAGUGUGGGCGAGGUUUUAGCCACAAGUCAAAUCUUGUGACACACCAGAGGACACACUCAGGCGAGAAACCUUACAUGUGCAAGGAGUGUGGGCGAGGCUUUAGCCAAAAGGCAGGCCUCCUUCUCCACCAGGGGACACACUCAAAGGAGAAGCCACAUGUAUGUAAGGAGUGUGGGCGAGGCUUCAGCCACAAGUCAACCCUCAUCACUCACCAGAGGACACACUCAGGGGAGAAGCCAUAUGUGUGCAAGGAGUGUGGGCGGGGCUUUAGCCACAAGUCCAAUCUCAUCAUACACCAGAGGACACAUUCGGGGGAGAAACCUUACCUGUGCCGGGAGUGUGGGCGAGGUUUUAACCGCAAAUCCAAUGUUGUCACGCAUCAGAGGACACACUCAGGGGAGAAGCCUUAUGCCUGCCUUCAGUGUGGGCGUGGCUUCAGCCAGAAGUCAAGCUUGCUUUUCCACCAGAGGACACACUCAGGGGAGAAGCCGCACGUGUGCAAGGAGUGUGGGCGAGGCUUCGGCCAGAAGUCAGACCUGCUACACCACCAGGUGACCCACUCGGGGGAGAAGCCCCAUGUGUGCCAGGAGUGUGGGCGAGCCUUUAGCUAUAAGCAAAGCCUCACGAGACACCAGCAAACUCACUCCUAA